GCCUGCGCCAACUCGGAGCGCGAGACGGCGGCGGCGAAGAACCGGGCGCUGCGCGAGACGGGCGCCUUCGUCCCCGACACCUUCAACGACCUGGGCAGCACCAUUGGCCACGUCUUCGACCAGCUGGUGGCCAACAAGGUGAUCCUCCUCAAGGAGGAGGUGCCGCCGCCCACCGUGCCCAUGGACUACGACUGGGCGCGGGAGCUGGGCAUCAUUCGCAAGCCCGCCUCCUUCAUGACCUCCAUCUGCGACGAGCGCGGCAAUGAGCUGACGUACGCGGGCAUUCCCAUUACCCGCGUCAUCAAGGAGGAGCUGGGCAUUGGCGGCACACUGGCGCUGCUCUGGUUCCAGCGACGGCUGCCGCAGUACGCCACCAAGUUCUUUGAGAUGGUGCUCAUGGUGACGGCCGAUCACGGCCCGGCGGUCUCUGGCGCCCACAACACCAUUGUCUGCGCUCGCGCCGGCAAGGACCUCGUCUCCUCACUGGUUUCCGGCCUGCUCACCAUUGGCGACCGCUUUGGAGGGGCCCUGGACGCCAGCGCCCGGCAGUUCAGUCAGGCCUAUGACUCUGGCACCAUUCCCAUGGAGUUUGUCAAUCAGAUGCGGAAGAAGGGCGAGCUGAUCAUGGGCAUUGGCCACCGCGUCAAGUCGAUCAACAAUCCGGACAUGCGCGUCAAGCUGAUGAAGGACUACGUCAAGCAGACCUUCCCCUCGACGGCCGUCCUCGACUAUGCGCUCCAGGUGGAGAAGAUCACCACUUCCAAGAAACCAAACCUCAUUCUGAACGUGGACGGCGUGGUGGCCACCUGUGUGGUGGAUUUGCUGCGAAGCAGCGGUUGCUUCACCGCUGAAGAGGCUCAGGAGUACCUGGACAUUGGCGUCCUCAACGGACUCUUUGUCCUCGGCCGUACGAUUGGCUUCAUUGGCCACUACCUUGAUCAGAAGCGACUGAAGCAAGGUCUGUACCGUCAUCCUUGGGAUGAUAUCAGCUUCGUCUUGCCG